AUGAAUCUUUUUAUUUAUAUCCUACUUUUGUCCAUUUGGACAUAUAAUUGUUUAAAAACAAACCAAAGUGAUGUAUCUUCUACUACAGGAGCUAAGCCCUUUGAAUCAAUGGAGACAAAAAUGGACAGUUUUAGGAGACGUCUACUCAUUAUCGUAAUUGGUAUUAUGAUCAUAGCCUUCAUCUCUACCUGUUUUUGUUUCCUCCAUUUUAAUUGUAUGAGUGAUGAAGCCCCCAAAGCCGGAAUGAUCAAGAAAGAAGGUGCAGCAGCCAAGAAAUCCAGGUCAUCCAAAAUGUCAUUCAGUGAAUCUAAGACAGCCAGUCUGUGCAAUCAGGAAAAACAACCCAUGCUAUCCACUGUAGACAGGUUAUCUAGGCCCUUGAGUUCAGAUAACUCAUCCAUACCAUCCAGUACAGAAAACUUAAUCAAGUCAUCAAGUCCAAAAAAGUUAUCCAAACCAUCAAGCUCAAAAAAACUAUUCAGGUCAUCUCACUUGGAAAAGUCAUACAGAAAACGCUCUCUAAAAAAACCAUGUAAGCUAUCCCAUGCCCCUAAGCUAGUUAGUCCAUUCAGUCCAGAUAAGUCAGCUGGGCUACAAUAUCCAGCCAAGCCACUAUCCAAGACACCAUGUCCUCCUUUUCCACAAAAUGAAAUCUUGCCAUCCAAGUCAUCCAGGCUACAGAAAUUGGCCAAGCCACCUAGACGUCUUAAAAGGUCAGUGAAUAUAGGCAAGGCAGCUUUGUUAUCCAGGCCUCAAUUAGCCAAUACCUGUCAAUGCUACGAGGAAAGAUGCCUUGUUUGCAAAACUUUUUCUGAGCCAUUGGUCAACGAUAUUUCUGAGGCAAAGAAGAAACAAGCACAAAACCUACCUGUUUCAAGUAACGUGAAGUCUUUUCCUGGGUCCUUUGAUAAGGUAGAUUCCAGGGACAAUACAUACCAUGAUAAUAAUAUGAGCGACAGUGAUAUGAUGACAUAUAACAGUGCUGAUGACAGUGACAGAGAGAUAACCAUUAUUUGCAAUGUGAGACAAAAUGAAGUCAUCUUUAAAGAGACUCCAAAUAAUUAA